ACUCUCCGACGCGAAGGAGAAUCUGGAAACCGAAAGAUUUCCUCCGCUCACCUUGUGCGGGUGCAAAGCGAGAAUUCCUCCGCCGCCUCCAAGGACUAGGGUUCGCGGCGAUGGAUCCAAGCUCCCCGAUCCUUCGCAACAGCUACUGGGUUUUGAGACACGGGAGGAGCAUCCCCAACGAGAAAGGCCUCGUCGUCUCCUCCUUGGAAAAUGGCACGCUUGAGAAAUAUGGAUUAGCUUCUGAAGGUUUCAAUCAGGCACGGUUGGCUGGAGAGUUGUUUCUUAAGGAAGUUGAGGAGACGAAUAUCCUGCCUGAAAAUGUUCAAAUAUGCUAUUCUCCAUUUUCACGAACUACCGAUACUGCUAAAACGGUUGCUAAUGUUUUAGGCAUACCGUUUGAGGGUUCUCAAUGUAAAGCACUGAUUGAAUUUCGAGAGCGCUAUUUUGGACCGUUGUUUGAGCUCCAUUCACAUGAAAAGUAUUCAGAGAUAUGGGCAUUAGAUGAGAAGGAUCCUUUCAUGCCACCUGAAGGUGGAGAAAGUGUUGCAGAUGUUGCCUCCCGAAUUGCACUUGGUCUGGCAGCAAUAGAAACUGAGUUUCAGGGGCUAGGGUCGAAGGCAUUGCCAUAUCUCUUUAGGGAUGCUUGUGAAAAAACUUUGCUUCGGCAUCCAAAACCCUUAAGAACCUUGUAUAAAAUUUGUGUCCCACAAAAGUUAUAUGCGCUUGAUACAUUGAUGGAAUGGGUGAUGUCGUUCCUUCAAUGAGAAUGAGAGGUCAUCUGCUUGGGCUCUGUGCGUGAGUAGUGAGAAUCAGCAUAGGUCAUCUACUUGGCCUUUGUGCGUUAGUAGUGAGAAUCAGCAUAAAUAUUCUUCAUCGUAUUGUUACUUUUUCAACAGGAAUGAUAUUAUUUGUGUUGUUUUUUUUCCAGUUUGAGCCCGAUUGAUAUUAUGCAUGCAAAGCUCUGAUAAGUUGAUAUCGAUUGAUUAAUCCCAUCAGUUAAAUAUCAUUGAUUGUCCCACCUGGUGAUCCACUUAGUUUAUGCUCAAUUUCAUGUUCAUGUUUUUCCACAUAAUAAAUGUUGGAAUUUCAGACUGUUUUGGUAGAACCGAAUCUAUCUACAACAGUGAAGGAAUUUUCAGACAUUCACCUUUCUAUCAAUGAGGUGGAUCAGAUGCUCAAUAUCUGAUCUGUUCACUAAUACAUUUCUUAUGAGCUCGUUAUCCUUAUUUUUUCUUCCCUUGUUUUCUGCAUUGUUGUAUUAAUAUCAAUCUUUUCCGCAAGUUGAUGAUUUGUCCUUUCUAGCAAAGUAAGCUUUGUCCAA